AUGAAAUUCAAGCUGGAUCAGUCAAGAGACGCCACGGUUUUCAUGCCAACCAACGCGGCAUUGGCCAAGACAAAGCUUACAAAGUUACCUUACUCGGAUCUCGUCCAGGUGUUAAAUUACCAUAAUUUGGGACAGGUGGUGAAGCUCGGAGAGCUAGGGAAAGGCGCUUAUUCUUACGAGACCAUAGAAGGCUCCCGUCUGAAUGUCACUGUUUCUGAUGACAAGGGAAUUGUGAUAAAUGACAACGUGCACCUGGUAAAGCCCAUGGUUGAGACGCCGAUGGGUGUGGCAUAUGUCAUAGACGGUGUUUUGGUACCGCCCGACAUGGAUAAGCCAAGUGACGAGGAGGUGACAACCCAGCUGGGCUUCGUCCCAGACACAGAAGAAGAAGUGGUAGCCCCACAUCAUAUAAAGCAGAUAAAUGAGGAACAGAAACGCCGGAACGAUGUUUCUGGAUUGGUGCAAAAGACCGCGGAUAAUAUUGACGAUGAGGAGAAGCCGGAGCCCCACGAAGUGGGCGUCCUAGGAGCCAGCCUGCCGCAUCGGAAUACGGCCCGCAGUGCCACCCGGGGCUCGCUGAACCUGGGUCAGUUACCCCAAGUGCAAAGGCUGCCUGCUAGUGCGCGAUCUACUGCGGAGCACACCUACAGAGUCGACAGCGGUCGUCACGGUCGUCACCACUCCGGCGGGCCAGACUUGGCAUUUGCUCAGAAGGGCAAGCUGUGGUAG